UCCGCCCGAAUCUCUUCCUCUGCUCCAAUAUGGUGGACGAGGCUACUCGCCGGGUAGUGUCUGAGAUUCCCCUGCUGAAGACUGGGGCGAGUCCCAGGGAUAAGGAGCUGUGGGUGCAGCGGCUGAAGGAGGAGUACCAGGCCCUCAUUAAGUAUGUGGAAAACAACAAGAGAGCAGACAAUGACUGGUUCAGACUGGAGUCUAACAAGGAAGGCACGAGGUGGUUUGGGAAAUGCUGGUACAUACAUGACCUCCUGAAGUAUGAGUUCAAUGUCGAAUUUGACAUCCCAGUGACCUAUCCCUCCACAGCUCCAGAAAUCGCCAUUCCAGAGCUUGAUGGCAAAACAGCCAAAAUGUACAGGGGAGGAAAGAUCUGUCUAACAGAACAUUUCAAGCCAUUGUGGGCACGUAACGUUCCGAAAUUUGGGUUAGCACAUCUCAUGGCAUUGGGGCUAGGUCCUUGGCUGGCUGUUGAAAUUCCGGAUCUGAUCAGCAAGGGGCUUGUAGAACACAAAAACAAAUGAUGAAGCGGUUUCAAUAGAUCGUCCAGCAAGUCCGUGUGCCUCCAAAAUAAAUAGGAACUUUUAUCUUUAAAUAUAAGGCUUUGAUUCCAACAUGGGAUUGUGCCCAUAAUAUCUGGUUACCACACCGUCUGUGUCCUUGUACAAGAUGGAAAAGGGGAAUAUGCCACCAUUUUAGUUAAAGAAAUAAUACCAUCUU